AUGUGGAAGAUAAUGAACUGCUCCCGGCCGGAUGCAGAGUCCCUGUUUGUUGCCUUGGAGGAGGUUCUCGGCAGGACUGCCCUCCGACCCGUCCACAGCCUAUCAACACCCACUAAUGUCAGCAUCGAGCUCACAAUCUUCGGCAUUCUGGGAGUGGAUGAAAAGCAACAACAAUUGGCAACUUUUAUUUGGCUAGUCCUGGAGUGGGAGAUGGAGACUGUGAAGUGGGACCCCUUACAGUGUGGAGCCUCCAGAAUUUCAUUACCCAGAACAAUGUUGUGGACCCCAGACAUUCUCAUCAAUGAAUUUAUGGAUGAAGACACAUCCCCAGACGCACCCUAUGUGUAUCUGAAGCACACUGGUCAUGUGUUUGACGACCGGCCGGUCAGGGUGGUCAGCUCCUGCACACUGGACAUCUACGCCUUUCCCUUUGAUGUGCAGAACUGCUCUCUCACCUUCGGUUCCUACUUGCAUGUUGCCUCAGACAUACAGGUGGCCCUGGGCAGGAAUGUGUCGGAUGCUCUGCAGGAGUCUCGCAGGGUUCUCCGUGCGGCGGGGGAGUGGGAGCUGCUGGACCUCACGGCCACGGACAGCACCCUCCACACAUCCCACUCACAAUACCACGAAGUUGUUUUCUACGUAGUUCUGAGGCGCAGGGCCACCCUGUAUGUGGUGAACCUGCUAGUGCCCAGCUGCUUCCUCAUCACAGUGGACCUCUUCAGCUUCCUCCUGCCCCCCCAGAGUGUGGACCGCUCCUCCUUCAAGAUGACCCUCAUCCUGGGCUACACCGUCUUCCUGCUCAUCAUGAACGACCUGCUGCCCAUCACCGGCAACAGGACACCCCUGAUAAAUGUGUUCUUCUCUAUCUGUCUGGCUCUGAUGGUGGGUAGUCUCCUGGAGACAGUUCUGAUCACCAACAUCCUGUACAGUUCCAGUCAGUACCCUUCGGUCCCUCGAUGGAUUCGUGUGAUAGUCCUGCAGUACCUGGCCCGACUCGUCUGUCUGUACCAAAAACCCAGCAACCGUGUCACCGUCAUACUCAACCCUGCUGCUCAAGUCCCAGCAGAGAAGUGUGAGGCUGCGGCGGGCCCCUCUGUACUGCCAGGGCCCCAUGAGCUGCAGGGGCCCAAAGGGAACGGACACAGCUAUGAGCAGCUGAUCUUGCAGGAGCUGAGGAGGCUGAGUGCAGACCUGCUGGCCAUCCGGCUCAAGAUGGAUAAAAGCCAGCAAGGCAGUCAGAAUGCAGAGGAGUGGGUUCAGAUCGGCAACGUCAUCGACCGCCUGCUUUUCUGCCUUUACCUAGUCUUCAUCAGCGUUAGCUUCAUCACCAUCAUCAUGAUCUGGGCACACUGGCACAACCAGUAACUGCACAGCCAGAGCAGCACAACAGACUGCUGUUUCCACACAGCCAGAGCAGCACACCAGACUGUGCAUUUCCCCACAGCCAGAGCACCUCACCAAAAAUAAAAUGACAAUUUAGACAAUGCCUAAAACUUGACUUCUAGUCAUACAUUUUCAUACACAAUUCACAUAGUUAUACAUGUGAAGAAAUCAAGACUAGGUGAUGUUUUUUUUGCUCUUGCUUCUACGUAGUUGCUACCUGCCAUGUCAUAAGAAUUUAUUUGCUCAGAAUGACCUUGUGUUAUACUGUGCACUUGACAAAUAAAUACAAUUUGACUUUGUUUUUCUAAUCGUCAGUCAUCCAGGGUUGGUGGUCAUAUGCCCACUGUAGCCUUCCUGUCUUUAGCUGACAG